AUGUUCAUUAUCUAUCUAUUUAUCUAUCUAUCUAUCUAUCUAUCUAUCUAUCUAUCUAUCUAUUUAUCUAUCUAUCUAUGUCUGCGCCUAUUUCUUUCUUUCUAUUACUCAAUGUUCCUAUAUAAGUCUGUUGUUUUUCUUUCUUUCUCAUCUAUCUUUCUUUCUAUCUAUCUUCACAGACAUUAUUACAUGUUUAUCUAUCUAUCUAUCUAUCUAUCUAUCUAUCUAUCUAUCUAUCUAUCUAUAACAGACAUUCAUUUGUCUCUCUCCCUCUCUCUCUCUCUCUGCCUAGUGAACGUAAUGUAUCCUCAGUCAGUACAUGUUUAUCUAUCUAUCUAUCUAUCUAUCUAUCUAUCUAUCUAUCUAUCUAUCUUAUAUGCUCGUUUCCUUUUUCCUCUUCUUUUUUUCUUUUUUUCGCCUUGUCUUUUUUUCUCUUUAUCUUUUAUUUGUUUCUCUUCUUUCCUUUUGUUUCUUCUUCUCUUCCUCCUCCUUCUCAUUCAUUUGAUUUUCUUUCUUACAAUUUUUCAUUUAAUCUUCUUCUUUUCAUUUAAUUUUCUUCCUUUUCUUUCUCAUUCCUUAGAUUUCUUCCUCCUUUCGCUACUCAGCCGUUGA